AUCUACCAGGAGUGAUUUUUUCGGCUUGUGAGGCUUCCCUGGUGUUACUGGGUUGUCCAAAUCUACAUGUAGUGCCGCCUUGGGGUAAAGACGAGACAGGUGUCUAAUGAACUAAAAUGUCUCUGCAGUUCAAGAGCAACCUGCUGGGGACUCAAACCUACAUUACCUUUUCCUUACAUCAAAAGGUCUCUCUCUUCUCUCUCUCUCUUAUAUAUAAUAUAUUACAUCACACCUGCUUGACUGUUGUGGUAGUUAUAUAUAAUUAGACGAGUUCUGUCAUAAAGAUCAGUGUGCAAUGAAUCGGUACUUAAGUUGUAGUGGUUUGGUCCUCCUUUCUCUUCGGAACCUGUGCGUCACAUAGUGAUAUCCCAUUGUUCAGAAUCAGGCAGGUCGUUUCCGUGUCGGGCCAAAACAAUACAACGACACAACACAAGGUGUGACCUACUUUACUACAUUGGAUUAGGUUCUAAUUUGCAUAACGUAUGUAAUGUUGCUCAUUUUCGACAACAUGGAAAUCCGUCGUCCCUAUCUACAGCUAUCCUAUAACGGUAUAUCCUAUCCUUUGAAAAAACAUUUACUUAUACUGCAUGCUAUGAUGUUUAUACGCUUCCAAGUAGCUUCCCAUGUCAGAGGUGAGACUUAAACAUUUGAAUAGUUUUCCUCAGGUGAACGGACAGGUUAGACGACAGUGCAGCCGGAAGUGGCACCGGGACAAAUCCGCACUGCAAGAUAAAGUCUCUCCCCCUGUGAGAAAGAAAUUUUAACGAUAGUGGCAAAGGCAUCUAUUGUACAAAUCCUGCCUUCUGUUACGUUCUCAUGAGCAGGGCUUGAAGGCGACCUACCCAUAAGAAAGAGGCAUCCAGGAGUAUCAGGAACUUUUCGUUUUGGUGGGAAAUGGAUGGGCAAUACCCGAGGAUGUGGCAGUCCAACAGAAGAGGAAACAAGACAAGCAUCAGUAACGUUAGUUGGCUUCCUGAUAAGAGAAGGUGACACGGAAAAAUUGUUGACAAGUCGACAGAGGAAGGAAACGUGGUAUUAUAGUGCCACUGCCCGAUAAAGAAAAGAUGACACGACAUGGGACGUUCAGUGCGGCACUUCUGCUAGUCGUGCUGCUAUCUGGUCUCCAUGCUUAUCAGGAACUUUUCGUUUUGGUGGAAAAUGUCGCAAUACCCGAGGAUGUUUCAGUUGGUAGCACAGUGGUGCAGCUGAGAGAUUUUCUCAACGCCAGCGUUGGUUCUGCACAAGGCGGCAAUGGGGCGUUUUGGUCAGUAAACAUCACCACAGGGGACGAUUCGGGGCGGUUUGGGGUUCGUGCGGAGGACUUGGCGUUGAUUUUGGCGGCUCCGCUGGACUACAAGUUCCACUCGCGAUACAACCUGACGGUGGAGCUAACAAACACCACUUAUAGGACUGUCCUGUACGUGAUCAUCGUCAUUGAAGUGAUAGACGUGCCGGGAUACCCACCAUUCUAUGAUAAACGGUGCGAAGCGCCAGUCCUUUUGGGCAUACAGCGGGGCGGGUAUUAUACCGUACUCAGCAGUGACGGAAUCCAAGUUUCAAUCGGAGAUCAAUUUUUGUCAUACCGGGACUAUCUUAAGACCUCGAGGAAAUACGCGAGGAACUUUCCGAGUAACUUCCUAUUGAAAGAUGAUUGUUCUGCAAGAAUCGCUAUUACCGGGAGCGAAUGGGAUUCAGACUCGACUACACUCUUCUCGCUGCUCCAAGGGCCACAACAAGGUAGGCUUCAACUAAAGUGUCACGACCGAGAGAGGAAGGAUAAAGGGAAGAUUUCUUUUUUUGACAUUUCUCUCAAUGAAGACUACCCCCAAUGGCUAAGAAGUGGUCACUUUCAAAUUGAUAAAGGUGACCGCAAUGUCAUUACUAUAGAGUUAAAUGAUAUAUGGUCCACAUCACCGUACUGGGUGCGAUGUAGCGCUAACAUCGCGCUCAAUGGGGGAACAAAUCAGCUUGUGUACACAUUUCAGUACAACGUUACAGGAUGUCCUGAGGGUCGGUACGGUUUGUACUGUGACAAGGACUGUGUUUGCAAGAACGGAGCCCGUUGCCAUGGCUUUAACGGUGCCUGUAAGUGCCGUCCUGGCUGGAGAGGACGAGCCUGUGAUAUUCCCUGGCCUGAGGUCGUCAUCGUAGAGACACCUGGUGAUUCAGUUGUGAAGUACAUCGAUACCAAUCUGACACUAACCUGUCUGGCUGCAAACAUCCACGUAGCAAAUAUGACUUGGGCUUACCAAAUAGGUAACAGACAGAACGACACAAAAGUCAUCGAGGAAGGGAACGUACAGAACAGUUCCUUUAGCUUUCAAACUAUCCUAGAAUCGGAUAACGGUAGAUAUAGUUGUCUGGUACAGGCGAAAGACGAACAACUGUUUAAUGCGACUUACGUUCUGAACGCUACGGAAUGCCGACCUAACUACCAUGGGGAAGUUUGCAGCCAAGUGUGUGACUGUGAGUACGGCGGGACGUGUGACAGGUGGGAGGGUUGUCUAUGUCCUCCGGGCCGUCAUGGAGACAGGUGUGAGCACAAAUGCGCACCUGGCACAUUCGGGUUCAACUGCAGCUUGGAGUGCAAAUGUGAAAACGACGCUUCGUGUGAUUCAGUGAAUGGAAGCUGUAUUUGUGCUGAAGGACAGUCGGGUGAGUUUUGUCAGAACGUCUCCAUUCCUGAUGAGAACCGAGUCGUUGUUGUAGUGUUGGCGUCCGUUAUCCCGACCAUUGCUCUAAUCGGAUGUAUAGUGACCGGUAUCCUGGUAAGACGGGGUCGUCGAAGACCUGAACACCCAGCUGAAGACUUAAACAUGAUAGAAACUCUUUCACCAUGGGAAGUAGACAAAGAGGACAUUCAGUUCGAACACAUGAUCGGUGAGGGAGAGUUCGGCCAUGUGGUACGGGGAAAACUGCGCGUGCCCGAAGGCUACCAGGUUUUGGUGGCCGCCAAAAGUAUCCGGCCCGAGCGCAUGACAGCCUCUGCUGUCCGUGACUUUCGCCGCGAAAUGGACAUCCUCGCCAGGAUCCACGAGGACAAAGAGGGACACCCGAACGUGGUGAAGCUUUAUGGCGUUGUUACCAAGUCUGAGCCUCAGUACAUCCUUGUAGAGUACGCGAGCAAUGAAGAACUGCGACGGUACCUGUGGAGUCUGCGCGAACACUACAAGACCACGGGAAAUAGCAAACUGUUGGAGCGCCUGGGGUUUGCUUGUGACGUAGCCUGUGGGCUAUCGGAGCUGGCACGUCUGAAGAUCGUGCACAGGGACGUCGCAGCUCGUAAUAUUGUCAUCAGCGACAGGAAAGUGGCGAAGAUCGCGGAUUUCGGGCUGUCGCGUGACAUUUACGUGUCGUCGGCGUACAAACGUACCAACCAGGGCGGGGAGGAGGAGUUGUUGCCGUUGAAGUGGAUGGCCCUGGAGUCGUUACGGGACGGGGUGUACACAUGCGAGAGUGACGUGUGGUCGUACGGCGUGCUGCUGUGGGAGAUCGCCAGCUUUGGGGAGGAGCCCCGCUAUGCUGGCGGGCCGCUGCACCCGGACGUGUGCACACUAUUGGAGCUGCUGAAGAAAGGAGUCCGUCUGCAGCAGCCGGAGAACUGUCCGCUGUCGGUGUACCGCAUCAUCAGGUCCUGCUGGAUAGUCGACCCAACAAAGCGGCCGACGCCUGAAGAGCUGUUCCGAAAGAUGGACCAAAUGAGGCCACAAAGACAUGCUGCGCUUCUGGAAAAUCACAACAGGCGAUAACGGAUUUUCAGACCAAUGGAGUCUACCUUAGGUCGGUUUGAAACUUAUCAAUCUGCAUCUAAACUGAUGGACCAUAGUGAUCUACUAAUUAUAAAAGCUUUAAUGGGAAUCCUUUUCAGCAUGUAUGUGUCUACAUACUUGUAUCUAUAUAUAUUAAUACUAGUAUACGGAAAUGCUGACUGAUGACUGAUGGUCUUGUUUUAUUCAGUGUUUCACAAACUCACUGGCAAGUCCCGUAAUAAGAUAAAGCUGAUGUGAUUGAUACUAAUGUUGCUGUUUUAAACUGAUGUAAGAUAUACACAGGAUUAAGUUAAGACGGCAAGGCAGCAUGUACUAUAUAAGUAUGCAGAAGUGCGAUUACUUUAUGUAAGGUGUGCUGAUAUUAGUGGUAUUUUAACUGUCUCCAGCUGAAUGUCUGAUUUGUCCGUUGGUAGUGUGACACCCGCUAAAUGUGAAUAAAAUCAGACUGACCUUAAAGUGUAAUGGGAUUUAUCAAUACAUGUGGCUCUGUGUACAAAUUCAACUACCAAAAACAGAAUUCUAUGUAAUAAAAAAAUAGCCUAACAUGUUCACGACGUCACUAGAUCAUGGCUGAAAAACGUACAAUAGUGACUGCUAUCGCGAUGUAUUGUCCUUGACAUGGACUUUGCAAUGAUAACAAGAUCUGAGCGAUGUAACCUAGUGCAGAAACACUUAUGCUGUGGAUUGUUAUACUAGAGUAUGUGUAUAAAACCAAUUGAGCUGUGAACGUUGUCGAAUUUUUGACUUCCCCAAAUUGGUGGUGUAGUAUACGGUUUCAGUUAAUGUUGGAGUAAAUGCCCUAAACUAUCAUAGAUAUGUGUAAUUGUGCAUAAUGGAUUAGGUUAUGUUUCUUCAAAU